AUGGGUAAAAAACCAUUCAUCGAUCGUAAGAAUGCUAGGCAUUUUCAUUUAGUCCAUAGAUCACAAAAAGAUCCUUUAAUAAGCGAUCAUGAAGCUUCUUCAAGAGUAUUAGUUGAAGUUGUUCCAACUAACUUGAGGGGAAAAAUCAAACAAAUUGAAAAUAAUGAUAUUGAUGAUAUUGAUGAUCAACAAAUAAAAGAUGAAACUGAAAGUCGUGUUGGAAAGGCAGCAUUAUACGGAAUUCAUUUUGAUGAUACAGAAUAUGAUUAUCUUCAACAUUUAAAACCAAUUGGUGAAAGUGAAGGUGGGGCAGUAUUUAUUGAAGCUCCAAAAAGAGAAAAGAGAGAAAAGAAGAAAGGUGGAAAUAUUGAAUUAAAAAAGGGUGAUGAUGAAAUGGAUGUUAAUAAAGAUGCAUCGUCAACUACAAAGAAAGACCGAAAAGUUAGGAUAUUACUUCCAGAAGAAGCAUUGCCAUCAAAGGAAGAAUUGCCCGUGGGACUAUUAAAUCAAUCAGCAAUCCCUGAAGAUAUACAGGGAUUUCUGCCUGAUAUGGAUCCAAGACUUCGGGAAACAUUGGAAGCGCUUGAAGAUGAUGCAUAUGUGGAGAAUGAUUUGGAUGAUGAAUUCUUUGAAACUUUAAAUGCCGAAAGUGACGAAUUCUAUGAACAACGUGAAGAGGAUUUUGAACCUGAAGAAGUUGGAAAUUGGGAAUCGGAGUUUAAAAAAUUUAAAAAUCGAAUAAAGAAGAGCGAAGGUGGUGAAGAUGAUUAUAAUGAGGAUGAUAAGAGAUCAAGAACUACUGGUGGUUAUUCAAUGACGAGUUCUAUUAUGUUUCGAAAUGAUAAACUUCGAUUAUUAGAUGAACGAUUCGAAAAGAUUGAAAAGGAAUAUAUGGAAGAAGAUAUAGAAUCUGAUGACGAUUCAACGUCUUCCUCACAAAUACGUCAAGAUUUCUCGCAGAUUCUUGAUGAAUUUCUUGAUAAGUAUGAAAUUAAUGGUUGUAAAAUUGUACAAAAAUUGGAAGGUGAGAAUGCACAAGAUCAAUUAGAAACCGUAAGAAGAAGUUUAGGAAAUAUUAAUUUAAAUGAUAGAGUCGGUCAAGAUAAAAUAAUAAAAGAAAUAAAUGGUUCGGGUAGUGAUAAAAGUGAAAAUAAAAGAUCUAAAGAUCAAAAGAAAAGUAAAGAUAUUGUAGUACAAGUUGAAAGCAAAAAAAAAGAAGCCUGGGAUUGUCAAUCUAUUUUGAGUACAUAUUCGAAUUUCGAAAAUCAUCCUAUUCUAAUUAGAGAAAAACCUCGUCAAAAGAUCAAAAUCAAUCAAAAGACCGGUUUACCUGUAGUGGAGUCGUCCAUUGAAAAUAUAGAAAAGGAUCAACAUGAUAAUGAUGACGAGGGAAUAAAGAUCAAGAAAGACGAAGAUCAAAUAGGAGUGAAUCUCGGUGUAGCUAGAUCAAAAAAUGAAUCUAAAGAAGAAAAGAAAUUACGUAAACAUAAUAAUAAGGAUGAAAAGAAGAAUCGUCGAGUUGAAAAGAAGUCGCUUAAAAGAGCUUUUGCUAAAGAACGCACGAAACAAAACAAAAUUUCACAUAAUUUAUCAAAAAAUCAUCCUGGUGCUAUUCAUUUGGAUUAA